CUCAAAAAAAGAUCGUUGAAAUUAUAUAUUACUCGUUCUCUCUCUCCUCACUCUCUUUAUAGCUAGAUAGAGAGAAAAGAAAAAAAAAGAUAAGAGUUGAGAAAGAAAGAGUGGGUUUUCAAGGGUGAUAAUGGGGAAUUACAAGUUUAGGUUAUCUGAUAUGAUGCCCAAUGCUUGGUUUUACAAGCUCAAAGAUAUGGGCAAUAAACCCAGAAACCAAACGAGUAAAAAGAAACCACCACCAGCACCACCUUCGUCUUCUUCUUCUUCUUCUUCUCUAUCUUCUUCUUCAACGACAACAACUUCAUUGUCGUUUUCUUCCAAAACAAAGCCGAGACAGAACCAAUCACAGCCCCACCACCAUUGUCGUUCCAGAAAAUCUUACUACUUUACAAGAGAUCUCAACAACGCAAAUGACGACGAGAGAUUACACUCUUCCCCAACAACAACACCAAAUCCCAAACCGUCCCCACCCAGAAAAUCCUCCAAACAGAGGCUUCGGAGAAGAAGACCCACCAAAUCAUCAUCAUCACCAUCGCCCAAGUUGUUUCCACUCACUAUCACUGCAACUACCACUACCACUACUUCUUCCUCUGUUUCGUCUGGUUUCAGCUGCAAAGCCAAGCUCGAAUCCGUCUUCACCAAACCCGUGACGUCUUUGUCUUCGUCGUCGUCUUCUCCGCUGUGUAGCUCGCCGGAGAAGGAGAUUCCAGGUGACCCGGAAUUCCGAUGCGACCGGAUUCUCACUACGUUUGAUGGUAUGGUUAGUAGUACUUGUCGUUGCCACCACCAAGAAGAAGAAAAUUGUUGUAAGGAAAACGACGUCGUUAUCGACGUGGAUAAGUCUUCUCUUCUGUCUAGAAAGACGGGUGUGGCAGAAGGUUUCGAUUCGUUUACCGAGCUGGAACUCCCUCCGAUCAUCACCAAACCCAAGAAAAAACAAGACACAAACCUCAUUGGCUCUGCAGUGGUUCCGGUCAAGGAACAGAGUAGGAGUAGUACUAAUACUAGUACCAGCUCAGUCGUACGGAAGUUCUCAUCGCCGAAUAAUAAUUCUUCUUCUCACGGUGUUAAGCUUAGGAUUCAUUCUCCGAAAAUCGUCGGCAAAAGGAUUUCCGGCCGGAAAAGUGUGUCUGGUUCGAACAACUCCUCGUCCGGUGACCACCGCUUGAAGAAAAGAAGUCUAUCGGAGAGCUUCGCCAUUGUUAAGUCUUCGUUUGAUCCUCAGAAGGAUUUUAGAGAAUCAAUGGUGGAGAUGAUUGUGGAGAACAACAUCAGAGCUUCCAAAGACUUGGAAGAUCUUCUUGCAUGUUAUCUCUCUCUCAAUUCAGAUGAGUAUCAUGAUCUUAUUAUCAAGGUGUUCAAGCAAAUCUGGUUUGACCUCACUGAUCUCAACUCCAAAUAAAUAUAUAAAUAUAUAUUUUCUUAAGAACUACUUAUUAAAUUGUAUAUCAUUAUUAUUUUUUUUAAAAAAGUGUUCUCUCUAAUGUAGUUCAUCAUACUUACAGUUCGAUUGAUCUUUAAGUUUCCAGCAGAUGAUCAAUGAGAUAUAAUUCAACAAGCAUAUAUAGAUCUUUAUAUAUAUAUAUAUAUAUACACAACAUGCAGAGCUAAA